AUGAGGCCGUUGGCAUCGCCGCGGAGGCGCUGGAACCAGGAGCGUUUCUUAUAUUAUGGGAUAGACCAGCCCGCGUCCAGACUCGCUAGCCCAGAGACCUCCAGUCAGCGCACACCCGUCCGCUCCAAAAAAAAAAAAACGGCCGAGGGCGGCAGGCACAUCGCCGGCGACCCCAUCCGGCCGCCGCGGCUGGAGGAUGCGGGACUGGAGGACUGCGCGCUCCCGCAAGAGUCCAUCGCCGAGGCUUUCUCCCUUGCAGCGUUGGCCGUUUCCUCCCGCCUCCCUCACCUCUCCCUCUCUGAUGACGAGGACGAGGGGGACGACCCGCUCGCGCCUCGUGGAGGCUGCGUGGAGGCGGGACCCACCUGCGGGGCCAUUCCCGAAUCCCUUGUUGGCGGAGGGCGCGGCAGUGAAUGCCACGCCGACGAGGUCAUGGUCGUCGCCGGGCGCGGAGACGAGGAAGAUAGGGUUGUUGUGGUCGUCGGCCAAGAGCUGGGACAGGAGAAGGGUUGCGCCGAGGGGACCAGAGAAGGAGAGCAGCGGAAGGUGGAGGAUGGGAUUGUGGAGAAGGCCAUCUUGGUGAAAGAUUUCGCGUGAGCUUUUCUUCUAGCUUGAUGAGAAGACAUCUCCCUAGUAUUUGUUGUUUCUUUGACUUGCAAUGUAUACCUUGAUUUUAAGAUCAGAUGACAUUAUGCUAAUCUCUUUGGUACGGUGGCAAGUUACUUAGCAUCAACGGUAUUCGACUCGGUGCAUUGCUGAUGAUUGCUGUUGUUUCCUGCUUGAUUUGUGCUCGAAUUAGCGACAUGCUCUUGUUCAAAGAAGUUCGUGACAAGCUAGUGGUUUUGGCAAGCUGCAAAUGCAACUGAUAUUUAUUGGCUGUCCUAAGG